AAAAUGGGAAUACAACACAAGCAUAUAUAAACCAGUGACAAUUAAGUAAUUGGCACUAUCUAUCUAUAUAUAUAAUAUAUAUAAUAUAUAUAUAAUACAUAGACAAAUUCUCUUCUUAUCUCCAAGCUUCCAUGUUAUCUUUUAUAGGAUCCAAUUUCAAUUCAAGCCAUUCACUGGUGACAAAGUAAUGGCUGCAGAACAAGUUCUGGGGUUGCUAGAUUCCUUCUGGUUUGAGACUACAAUUCUUUCAAUCAAAACCCCUUUAACGUUUCAUCCAAAGGUGGAUCCAAUCUCUCAGACCAAGGUAGAGGAAGUGCUUCCUUUAGAUAAAAAGCUUCUACCAGCUCCAACACUUGAAAUCAGGUCCCAUAGUGACCAAAACUUGGGCACCACAUCAUGCUUUCUCUGUGAUUCCCCACCACAAUAUAAGCUGAGGACAAUCCCUUCUGGGAGGGAAAUCAGAGACUUCUCAAAAGGGAGUAGUUGUGAAAAUUAUGAAAAGGAAGGCAUAAACACUAGGAUAAAACAAAGGCAUGGUCAUGGAAGAAGAGGUAGCACUAGCAACAAAGGGAAAAACACCAGCAGGAGCUUGACAGAGCUUGAGUUCAAGGAGCUGAAAGGGUUUAUGGAUUUGGGCUUUGUGUUUUCUGAGGAGGACAAGAACUCAGGGUUGGUUUCUUUGAUUCCUGGGUUGCAGAGGCUGGGAAGCAGAGAAGAUGCAGGGGAAGGUGAUGAUGAUGAUGAAGAACAAGAAGAAAACAUUGAUGAAACUGUGAUUUCUGAUCAUAAGCCUUAUCUAUCUGAGGCUUGGGAUGUUUUAUACAGAAGACGAGGGAGAAGAAAUCCAUUACUGGAUUGGAGGGUACCAGAUAGUGGUAGUGAGAUUGACAUGAAACACAGUCUUAGGUUCUGGGCCCACUCAGUUGCAUCCAUUGUUAGAUAACAAUGAGCAAAAAAGUUUUUUUUUUCCUUUUCUGGUGGAAGUUUUAAUUGGAUACUUGUUUACUGUCUUCAGCAAAUAAGUGAUGGUAGAUAUGAAAUCAGAUUCCAACUUGAAUAACAACUGUACUUAAUGAUUUUCCAAGCAUUCCUCAUACAAAAUUUUUUUCCAUUC